AUAUUUGGAACCUUUCUUCCUUCCUGAGCUUCUCCGGCUCGCGCGAGAGCCGCCGCCGCCGCCGCCGCCGCCGCCGGAGAGAUGGACUCCCGCGGCUUCGAUUCCGAAGGCCGGCAAUUCUCCAGCGCCACUGAGAUGUGGGCGCGUGAGAUCGGCGCCCCGGACGCUGCCGCGGUCUCCGCCGUGGAAGCUGAACCCGCUCCGGGCCCCGCCGCCGGGAGCGUCGGGGACGCCGGCGAGGAGGCAGGCGGCGACGGGAAGAGGAAGGAGUGGUACUCCAAGGCAAUCGCCUACUGGCAAGGCGUGGAGGCUUCAACCGAGGGGGUCCUGGGAGGGUAUGGAUGCGUGAACGACGCUGACGUCAAGGGCAGCGACGCCUUCCUCCGCCCUCUCCUCGCCGAGCGAUUCGGCAACGCGAAGCGGCAUCUCGUCGCCCUCGAUUGCGGCUCGGGCAUUGGAAGGGUUACGAAGAAUUUUCUUCUUAGGCACUUCAAUGAGGUUGAUCUUGUUGAGCCAGUAUCCCAUUUUCUAGAAGCGGCACGGGAAAAUCUUGCUGAAUGUAUGGAAGUAGGGGAAGAUAUGCACAAGGCUGCUAACUUUUAUUGUGUACCGCUUCAGGAUUUCACUCCUGAUGAAGGAAGAUAUGAUGUAAUAUGGAUCCAGUGGUGCAUAGGGCAACUUCCUGAUGAUGACUUUAUUUCCUUUUUUAACCGUGCAAAGAUUGGUCUCAAACCCAAUGGAUUUUUUGUCCUGAAGGAGAAUAUUGCAAGAAAUGGGUUUGUUUUGGACAAGGAAGACAACAGUAUCACUAGAUCUGAUGCGUACUUCAAGGAGCUAUUUAAAAAAUGUGGUUUAUAUACCCUCAGUAUUAAGGACCAGAGCGACCUUCCAAAGGAACUAUUUGCGGUCAAAAUGUAUGCAUUGGUGACUGAAAAGCCAAAAAUUCGAAAUAAUGGGAAGAGAAGGCGACCUAAAAAUUCACCCCGUAUGAUCCGCUCUUGAAAAUUCGAAAGAUUAGAUGGGCUAUUACACCAUCGCAUGUGUCUGCCAAUGUGUUUCUAUUUGUUUGUGUCAUGUUCCAAGGACAGAAUUUUGUAGUUUCAUUUUUUUUUUCUAAGUGUACAUUUCAUAUUGAACAGGCGAGAUUUACUGAGACUUGCCUUCCAAUAUCUGAUUGAUUAUUGGGUACUGUUGCAACGUUUGCUGUUUGUGAUGUCUUUAUUCUGGGAAACAGAGGCAUCUGAACUGAAGUAUAGAUGGUUCCCAACUUCCCAUGUGCGUCCAAUGCCCCAACUGUCUGUAGAUCUGAAAUUAUCGUGGACAAAAUUAUUGCGGAUGAGAGCUGGAGCAUAUGGUGAUA